UCCUUCCGUGUGUCCUACCGGCUUCACUCGUACGGCUGCAGGUGAGGUUGAUCUGCGCCGCUGUUCUCUGCUGGCUGGUUUUCCGAAAAAUUCCGCUGAGCUCCUUUAAGCUGAGCAUGGCAAACCGACUGCUGCAGAUCAGCGAGCGUGCAGUCAAGUUGGCACCCUUAGCAGCACGGGCUCAACCAGCAGCUGCAUACCAUGGCCGUGCCCUUAUUGGCAAGCGAGAAGUGGUUGGCUUUGGUAUGAAUGGCGAGUACAGCUACAUUGACAACCCCGACUUCCCUAUGCCAGCCAUCCGCUACAAGGAACCCACUCCAGAUAUUGAAAAAUUGCGUGAGAAGGAGAAGGGGGAUUGGAAAAACCUCAGUCUGGAGGAGAAGAAAGCCUUGUACCGGUACAGCUUUUUCCAGACCUAUGCUGAAAUGAAUGCAUCGCGAAAUGAGUGGAAACCCAUUGUGGGGAAUGUGUGCUUGCUUUUGGGUGCGACCCUCUGGGUUUGGAUUUUCCUAAAGAAGUUUGUGUAUGGGCCAUUGCCAGAAUCCACCUCUUUGGAAGCAAGGCAGGCUCAGCUGCAGAGGAUGAUUGACCUUAGAGUGAAUCCUGUUGAGGGCAUUGCCUCGAAGUGGGACUAUGAAAACAACAGGUGGAAGUGAAGACUUCUUCAGUGCACCACACAGCUGCACUAGAAGUAGGUUUUAGGUCUUCACCUUUCUGCAAUAAAGUAUACACUCAAGUCACA